CAAUGUUGAAUGUUAAAUGCUCUUGCGACCCCUAGUUGUGAUAAAUGUGACUGAGAUCGCAGCCAUAUUCAGUAAAGUUGUUGUGAUUUCUCAGUCACUGUGACUUGUAACAGAUAUGUGAUGACUUGCUCCCAGCUAGGUGUGAGAGGGAUCAGUAUAUUUUGGAAACACAGCUGUUCUGACUGAACAUCCAAUUAGAUGCAGCCACUCGCUUAUAACGGGGAGACAGACGUACAGGUGAACUGGUAGAUGAUUCACUGGACUGGGCGAAGUCCACCAAAUCAUGAUCUGAACUUUGGUAACAAAUGCCACUGUAGUCAAACGCUCUUGUACGUGCAUAUUGUGAGUUAAAGUUAGAGGUGAAAGAUGUUGAAUGCGGUAAGAGCGGUGUUUUCCGGGGCUGUGAUUUCGCGGAGCCAAAGAAUGGCAUCAACAGGCCCAUCAUAUGAGGCUCUGGCAGUGUCUUCAGUGAGCCCGUAUGUUUAUCAUGUGGAAUUAAACAGGCCUGAAAAAUUAAAUGCUUUCAAUGAAGCAAUGUGGCAUAACCUUGGAGAAUGUUUCAAUGAUCUGGGACAAAAUGCAGAUUGCAGAGCUAUUGUUCUGUCAGGUGCAGGGAAGCUGUUCACUGCAGGCAUUGACCUAAAUUCUAUGGUCAAAAUUGGUGCUUCAAUAUCAGAGCAAGAUGAUGUCGCACGUCGCUGUAAAAUUCUGUCCAAUUUUAUUAAAAAGUACCAAGAUGCCAUUACAUCACUUGAGAAGUGUCCUAAACCAGUCAUUGCUGCAAUCCAUGGUGCUUGCAUUGGUGCCGGUAUUAACUUGGUGACAGCAGCGGACAUUAGAUAUUGCACGAAAGAUGCAUGGUUUCAGGUGAAAGAAGUUGCCAUAGGAUUGGCUGCAGAUGUUGGUGUUCUGCAGAGGCUUCCAAAAGUGACUGGAAAUGAUAGCUUAUGUCGAGAAUUGUCUUACACAGCACGUAAACUUUUGUCAUCAGAAGCAAAAGAGUUUGGACUUCUCAGCAAAGUUUUUGAUGAUAAAGAAAGUAUGAUGAAAGAGGCAUUUUCUGUGGCUGCCUCUAUAGCUUCGCACAGUCCUGUUGCUGUCCAAGGUACUAAGAAAAAUUUGGUAUUUUCAAGAGAUCACACAGUACAGGAAGGGCUGGACAAUAUUCAUGACUGGAACAUGGUAAUGCUUCAGAGUGAAGAUUUCAUGAAUGCAGCAGCAGCUGCAGCAACGAAGAGUGGUGCUCCAGAAUUUUCGAAGCUAUAAAUUAUAUAAAUUUGUAACUGUCUUCUUAAUUUAAAGAAUGUUUUUAUAAUUACUUUUGUACAUAUUUUCGCAUAAUACAAUGUAUUUUGAAAUCA